AUGCCCUUCACAAACAACACUGAAUUUACAGAAUUCAUUUUACUGGGGCUCACAGAUCGCUCAGAACUUCAGCCAUUCCUCUUUGUGCUGUUUCUGUUUGUUUACCUUGUCACUGUCUUAGGCAACAUGGGCAUGGUGGCUCUGAUAAGCCUGAACUCCCGCCUUCACACACCCAUGUACUUCUUCCUCAGUAACUUGGCAUUUGUGGAUCUGUGUUAUACAUCAACAGCGACCCCACAGAUGUUAACUAAUUUCUUAUCAGACAAGAAGACCAUUUCUUUCACUGGAUGCUUUAUCCAGUGCUACCUUUUCAUUGCCCUUCUCCUCACAGAGUUUUACAUUCUGGCAGCCAUGGCCUAUGACCGCUAUGUGGCCAUAUGUAAUCCUCUGCGUUACAGUGUGAAAAUGUCCAGGAGAGUCUGCAUCUGUUUGGCCCUAUGUCCUUACGUUUAUGGCUUCUCAGAUGGUUUAUUCCAAGCCAUCCUGACCUUCAGUAUGACCUUCUGUAAAUCUAAUGUCAUCAACCACUUCUACUGUGCUGACCCACCACUCAUUAAGCUGUCUUGCUCUGAUACUUAUAUAAAAGAACAUGCCAUGUUA